AAGUCUUCAGGCGUAGAAAAUAUACCUAUCUUUGUAUCAGAGCAGUUAACAGCAAAGACUGCCCAACUCUAUUUUCUUGCACGCGAACAUAGCAAGACACACUCGUAUAAAUUUUGUUGGACACCUUACGGGAAGAUUUAUUUAAGAAAAGGCGAUAACUCCAAAAUUAUACUAAUUAAAAAUGAAUCGCAAAUCCAACAGCUGCAGAUGAACACCUGACUAAAAACCGUUCUACAAUAUACUUGCAAUGUCUUCGCUUUUAUUAGAGUAAGAUCUAUAGUUUUUUCGUAUAUUUACUUUUUGUUUAUAAUUUUUUACCACACAAAUGUAAAAAAACAAUCACUCAGACAUACUUUCACAAAUUCAUCUUCCAGUAAUACUACACAGUCACAUCUUAACAAACAUUUCGGGAAUACACAGACUAUUGUAACUAUUUUGACUUUGUAUUGGUUCUACUGUCACCUUACCCACCUGCACAUUACAACGCUAUUAUACAUAUAUAAAGACUUUUCUUUUAAUAAUUUUAAUUAGCUAGGGAGCUGGCACUGGGGAGCCCCUGCCCAGAGAUGGGAACAGUAUUCCAUGUGAGGCCGAACCUGCGCCUUGUAAAGUUGCAGGCGGUGUGCCGGCAUGAAAUACUGUCCCGCUCUGCUGAGCACGCCAAGCUUUUUAGAGGCCAAUUUGGCCUUCUCUUCCAAGUGACCACGAAACUGCACGUCACUCGAUAUGUCGACUCCGAGGAUAGCGAUACUGGCUGAGGCAAGAAGGGGAGUGCCUUGAAACUGAGGAGAUACGACAAAGGGGUUCUUUUUAGCGGUAAACGCGCAAACUUGUGUCUUCUGAGGGUUAAACUGGACUAGAUUUAGUCGCCCCCAAUCCGAGACUUUGUUCAGCAAAGACUCGACUUCAGACACAAGUUUAUUCCGGUACUCGGCGACGUUUUCCCGAGAAAUAUUGGCACGGCCGGUGUAUAGCGCAUCACCAGUGCUGUCAUCCGCAUAGAAAUGAAUGUUACCAGUUAGUAACAUAUCAUAGAUAUGCAGAAUAAACAGCGUUGGUGAUAGCACACAGCCUUGUGGAACACCAGCGUUAAUAGGCUUGUAGUCAGAACAUGCACCAUCUACAACGACCUUGAUGCUCCGAUCUGCAAGGAAGCUGGUGAUCCAAUUGCACAAUUUCUCGGGAAGCCCAUAGGAAGGGAGCUUCGAAAGAAGCGCUUUGUGCUAAACCCGAUCGAAGGCCUUCGCAAUGUCCAAACUAACGGCCAACGCCUCCCCCUUGGACUCUACUGCCUCCGCCCAUCUAUGGGUCAGGUAGACCAGAAGAUCACCAGCUGAUCGACCCCGAAGAAAACCGUAUUGGCGGUCACUAAUCAGCUGGUGAUCCUCAAGGUACCGGAUGAGCUGGCAGUUAAUAAUGGAUUCCAUUAUUUUGGAGAACAAGGAGGUGAUCGCGAUAGGCCUAUAGUUGGACGGGUCUGAGCGGUCGCCUUUAUUAGGGAUCAGGUGGACAAAAGCUGUCUUCCAUGAAUUCGGCACUACGCCUUUGGAGUAGGAGUACCGAAAAAGACGCGUUAGGACCGGUGCCAAUUCCGGAGCACACGUCCUCAGCACAAUUGGGGGGAUUCCGUCAGGCCCACUCGACUUCUGGAUGUCUAGGGAGAGAAGUGCUUUGCGAACCGAGCGCAGUGAAAACAGCACAUCCGGCAUGGAGCACUCACACCGCGGGAUUGUCGGCGGUGUUUUCCCCCUGUCAUCAAGAGUCGAGUUGGACGCAAAAAGGGAGCCUAAAAGGUCAGCUUUGUCUUUUGCGUCUUGGGCCAGUGAGUCGUCCUCCCUGUGCAAAUAUGGUAGUGAUGGCUUACAAAAAUUCCCUUGGACAGCCUCGGCGAGAGACCAGAAUGCACGGGUUCCCGACGGAAGGCGAACUAGUUUCUCGCCAAUUCUGCCCAUGUGCUCUGACUUUGCCUUGGCAAUAACUCUUUUGAAGGACCUGGAGGCGAAGUUAUACUUCUUUUUAAGUGUGCUGGUGUUUACAUCCCGAGUCGCCGAAGCCGCAGCCCAGGCUUGAUAACACUCCUGCUUACUGCGUAAUGCAGUCUUACAGGAGCGACCAAACCACGGCUGAGAUCUGCCUCCGAUGGGUACCACAGAUGAUGGAAUAAAUAAUUCCAUUCCCUGUAGCACCACAUCUGUGACAGAGUCAGCAACAGCGCUGGGAUCAUCCGGCGAGAAGCAAACCCGCCCCCAUGGAUAGGAUGCAAAGAAAGACUGCAUUCCGUCCCAAUCCGCCGACCUGUAAUGCUAAACACGGCGGCAACCUGCAGAACGCAACCGCGAAGUGAGCGUGAGUGGCACCACACUCCGGAUCAGACAAUGGUCCGAAGAGCUGAGAGGCGCAUCGACGGAAACCAGAUAUCCGUCCGGAUGAGAGGUCAGCAGAAGGUCCAACAGGGAAGGUGUAUAAUCCUCCACAUCUGGAAUCCGCGUAGGCGAAGUAACCAGUUGUGUCAGGCCAUAUGCCAAGGCAAAGUCAUAAACAGAUCUCCCCGCAUGAUCGGUUAAACGAGAACCGAGCCAUUCGGCAUGGUGGGCGUUAAAAUCGCCAAGAAUCACGAUCUCUGCGGAUGGGACCUGUUGUAGCAAGGAAUCUGUAGCCAUUUGGACGUGGUCGAUGAGUCGGUCUGUUUCGUCAUUACCGCUAUGGGACCUAUAGAGGCACCCGUAGACGCGCGGAUGGUCGUCGCUGUCUACGCGUAGCCAAAGGAUGGACAGGUCAGAACCUUCAAGACUGCCGAGGCGUCGAGAACAGAUGUCCUCUCUGACAUACACGCAAACUCCAGCCCGAGGCACAAAGGAGUGCUCCAAUUUGUACCCCGGGUAGGAGAGAUACGAAAUAUCAGCCGGAGAGGAAACCUGCGUCUCGGUCAGAAAGAGCAAGUCCGGCUUCGUCGUCUCGAGAUGGUAGUGGACGGCGUUUAGGUUAGAGUGAAGUCCCCUGAUGUUGCAGAAAUUCACGGAUAGCGUGGCAGGGGUCGCCUUGGUAUUUUUGUUCAGUUUGCACCGAGCAGUUUUGUUUUUGAGCGGAAUUGGGCCUCCGGCCACCUGCACUCACCAGACGAAAUGCAGAAGCAGAGCCUCUACUUCACGCCGGUAUUCUGUGAGGUCGUGGUACCAACCCGCUCGAGCCGGCCCAUACGUGCAACAGCAAAAACUGCUGCGUGGCUCUACCACCGUAUACUGAUUUCGGUUCAUAAUGGCUUAAAUAGGAUAAUCUCAAAUUUUUUUAUCUUUAAUGUACUACAGUUUUAUAUUGCAUAAAAAUCUGUCUCUAUUUUUAUGUAAAGUUUUGAAAGUAAAAUUUUUGAAGUCUUAUUAUUGUAACAAUAUUAUACUUACUGAUACAAAUAAUGGAUGGAUCCUUUUAAUAAAAUUGAUUUUAUAAUACUUUUUCUUUUAUACCUCUCAAGUAAAUGUUUGCUGCAAAUUGUUGAGUAUGUCUUUGGAUUUAAACCAACUCGUACAAUGAACCUUAACAAUUUUUUCUAAUUAUAGAAUCCGGAGGGAAUCUGUUUGAGAAACGGCAAAAUAAAAUUACAUUUAUAGAACGCAAACCGAGGAUUUAUCGAUCUAAGUCUAUCGAUUAAAUGUAUUCUAUUCAAGAAAAAUAUCGAUAUUAUUUUUGAUAUAGUUGAGUUAAUUCCUAGGAUACAUAUAAAAUAUUUUGUAUAAAAAUGUAUUUACUAAAUUCAUGCAAAUAAAAAAAAAUGUGAUUUUUUCUUUGCAUAAUAUCAAAAUUAACAAAAUAAUUGAAUUUAUUCUAUAUUUUUAAACAGUAUAUAACAUAAAUUUUAACCAAAAAUAAACGCGUCAUAACAUUGACGAGGUCUUGAGAAUUUUUACCCGUGAAAUGUGCAAUUAUUUGGAUUAUUUCUAAUAUUAACACCACAGUCACUUACAGAGCAAGUAACAAUUUCGGAAAAAAUUAAUUUCCUAAAAAUAACCACUAUUACACUCUAAAAAAUUACAAUAUAUCUAUACUGCGCGCAAGAUAACUCUGCGCGCGGCCAAAAUUGGAACUAAGCGUGUGCCGCCAUCUUACUGUUUAUGACAGGUGUCAAAACAGAUUGUUAGUUGUCGUGUUUUUAUUCGUUUUUGCAGUAAAUAAUCAUCAUCAUUAUGCCGAAAGUGAUUAAAAUUGCUGACAGGGAAAUUAUCUUGAAGAUCAAACGUGCUAGUGAAGAAGAACGAGACAAUAACGGGCCUACAGUACCGUUUUCCAAAGUUAAAGCCCACGUUUCAUAUUUCACAGGCGUUUUUGAACUCACCGGCACCCAAAUAACUCAAGAUGGUACAUAAUGUAGCAGCAGCUUCAUCUUCUAAAAUUGUGACGCCGGGAAAUAGGAUCCGGAGGAAAAAAAUUAUGAUUUAGACGAUUUUCAUACGUGGCGCUAUAAGGCAUUUAAAUUAGUCGUUUAAUGUUGUGAAGAAAGAGAUUCCUGCCAUAAAUAAACUUUGGUUGUAAUUGAAAGCUGAUAUUGAUUUUAAAUAUGGUAGAACAACGUUGAGUAGUAGCUUAAAGACUAUGGGCUACGAUUACAAAAGGUGCCAGUUUAAAUGGAUAAAUUUAUAAAUAAUGUCACAGGCCGUCACAUCCGAGUCUUCUGAUGAAGACUUUAGCAUGGAUUCUGAUGAAGAUGUGAGAAUGGAAGACGUUGACCCACUCCAGGACCAUUGUUAUACCAAAUUUACAAAUAGAUCUAGGUAUUCAAUAAAAGAUUUACAAGGUU